AUGGCCAGCCCCACGAACAAUAUAGCUUUCACUUCUCCGAUAAAUCCUCCUGGGGCCGAUCCCAUCCUCACCCGCAGUCAGAUCUGGGCUGGCUUGCGCCUCAAGAUCCGCUCUGCAGAGACAUUCGUUCCAGCCGGCAUUCAGUCAACGUCAGUCCUCAGUGAAUCUGUUGAUGAAGCUGGAAAUCCCGUCACCAUCCGCGAAGUGGUUUUUCGUCAAGAUCAGCGGAAAGUCAAAGAAACUGUGACGGCCCACAAAGAUUCCCGAGUUGAUUUUGUUCAACCUGAUGGGAGUACCAUCAGUAACAUUGUCAGUGAAGGUGCCGAGGGGGAGCUGUAUAUGACCUAUGCUUUUGAGUGGAGGCACCCAGGUGCUUCGGAGGAGGAAUUGGCUGCGUUGAGGGAAAGGGAAAUGAAGAUGAGCAAGAUGGCUGUUGAGGGUACAAUUAGUGUCAUGAGGGAGCUCGCUCGAAAGGGGGAGAUUUGA